CUGAAGUUGAGGCGGAAGUCCACGUCAGUUCUCCACGUUUCUGACAGACCCAGGUACAGGUCCAGAUCUCCAGACCCAGACCCAGACCCACCAUGGCGGACGAGGCCACCCGCAAGCUGGUGUCCCAGAUCCCGCUGCUGAAGACGCAGGCCGGGCCGCGGGACCGGGCGCUGUGGCCGCAGCGGCUGAAGGAGGAGUACCAGGUUCUGAUCCAGUUCGUGGAGCAGAACAAGGCCGCGGACAACGACUGGUUCCGGCUGGAGUCCAACCCGGACGGGACGCGCUGGACGGGCCGGUGCUGGUUCGUCCACGAGCUGCUGCGCUACGAGUUCGGGCUGGAGUUCGAGCUGCCGGUCACCUACCCGGCCACGGCCCCGGAGGUGGCGGUGCCGGAGCUGGACGGGAAGACCGCCAAGAUGUACCGGGGCGGGAAGAUCUGCCUGACCGACCACUUCCAGCCGCUCUGGGGCCGCAACGCGCCCAGGUUCGGCAUCGCGCACCUGAUGGCGCUGGGGCUGGGGCCCUGGCUGGCCGUGGAGGUGCCCGACCUCAUCAGCAAGGGCCUGGUGGUGCACAGGGAGCGGCCCCGGGGGGGGGACUGACCCCGGGGGCACCCGAGUGACACCUGGACACCUGGAGGGACACCUGGAUGGACACAUGAUGGAUGGAUGAAUGAAUGGAUGGAUGGAUGGAUGGGGGAGAAAUAAACGAGGACACCAGA